AUGGAAGGAGACUUUGUGAAGGACAGGAUUCAGGUCAAGUUCGGGGUGGAAGUCCUCACUCCCAACGCUGAGGAUCGGGAGAGGGUCAAUUCUGGGAUUUUCAACGAGUUGACUACGGGCAAGGUCAGGCCAGAGACGAAAGAGAUGUUUCUGAGCGUGACGAGGUCGUUGUUGGAUCAGGGUGCGAAGGGGCUCAUCCUGGGAUCGACAGACCUUGGGUUCGUGAUUCGUGAGGACGAUAUUGACGUUCCCAUCUUUGAUACGGCGAAGAUUCAUGCGCUGGGUGUUGCGAAAUGGGCAUUGGGAAGAUGA